UUUUUAAAGGAGGAGGGGGUAAUUGUUGUGUCAACCCUUGACUGAAGGGGGUUAGUAAAAGGGAGAGGGUAAUUAUUUGAGAUUAUUUUAAAAGGGCUAUAAAGGCUAGAAGGAAGACAGGCUAUAAAUGCUUUUUAAAGGGGAGGGAGUUAAAGGAGGGUGGAAAAAUCCUCUCGUUAGGUAUGGGGCCCAAAUUUUGUCUGGUUCGCUACCUCCACAUAUUGUUCGCUCAGUCCAAAGCCAGCUAGGAGUAUCCGAAGUUCCACGCGUUUUUGUUGAACAUUUUGAUCAAUGCAGUGUUGUUUUUGCUCAUCUUUAUGGACUACCUAAUUUAUUACUUCAAUUACAACCCCCAGAUUCUGCCAAACUUUUAAAUGAAUUUGAUUGGAGAGUCUCAAAAUUGGCAGAAGAGAGUGGACUUUUACUUGUUCCAGCUACAAGUUCAGAAAUUGUAGUAGCGCUGGUUGGGCUUCCUUUGGCCAUAACCGACUCAGAAAAUGCCAUAAACGGUCAACAACAAAAAUCCUCCAUUUCCUCUUAUCAAAAUGCGGCAGCUAUUGCCUGUCAAUUUUCUGUUGAUCUCUUAAAUUUGUGCCAAUCAUUUUGUGAGGCAACAAACAACAACAGCAACAACAAUGAAGGUCAAUUACAAAUUCGAGUUGGCAUUGGAAGUGGGAGUUUGUCUGCCGGAAUUGUUGGUUCUAGACGUUGGCAUUACGAUGUUAUGGGAAUGGCUAUAGAUGCUGCACUUCAUUUAGAAGCAAAUUGUCCGGCUGGUGCAAUUUUGCUUUCUGAAGAUACUUGGAGACAUUUGGCUGGGGGGAAAUUUGCUGCUGAACGAAUGGGUCAAGGAGCCUGGAAAUUAUUGACAACAACAGAAGCUUCUCAAAUUGUUCAACCAUUACUAUUUCCAACACCUUCAAGGAGAUUAUCCCUACUUACAUUACAACAAUUACUACUUAGACUUUUACAACAGCAACAACCAAAAGUAUCAGCAUUUUCUAAUGCUCUUAAUACACAUGUUUCUGCUACAUUUCCUGCUCCUACAACACCUUUUACAAAAAGAAGUGUUACUAAUCCGUUUGCAUCAAAAGGGCGCCUAGUUUCUGUUUCCGGCCCUUCUAGACGUUCAUCUAAACUUCCUAGGAUUGGAUCAUGUCGCCAAUUAGACAGCGCUACUGGGCCUCCCCUUCUUCCUGGAAUUAAUCCUUUAACACUUAAAUUUAUUGAUACCCGUUUGGAACGGACUUAUCAUGCUCAACCAGACAGAUGGUUAAUUCCUGGAUUGGCUCUUUGUGUUUUAUUUCUUGCUCUUUUUGGACUUUUUCAAGCCUUAGCGAUGCCUCGGAUGCUGCCAAAUUUGGCUACUUUAGCUUUGGCUCUUAUACUGAUGUUUCUUCUUUUUUUUUGCCACUUCGUCACGCGAACGUCUCUUGGUUACUGUGUCACCGUACUCUUAGUUCUUACUGCCCUAUGUACUUGUGGGCUUGCUAAUACUUUCUCAUGUCCUACUGAACCUUCACUAUCAGAUAUAACUUCAACCCCCUGCCAGCCCCAUCAAUUAUCAGCUGUUUCUCUGGCACUUUGGAUGUUACUCUGUUCAGCAUUUUUACGUCUUUCAUCUUCACUUCUUUUACUUAUACUUCUUUCUGCUAUUUCCCUUUUUUGCCCACACAUUUUCUUAACUCAUUUUGACUUAUAUCCAAAUUUGUUGGCUCGCUUGGAUAUUUUAGCUUUGCUUAUUGGCCUUUCUCUUUUAAUAUUUUUGUUGGCACGCCGAAAUGAAUUGUUGUUAAGGAUGGACUUUUUAGCUCUUCUUAAAGGAGUAGAGGAUGCACUCCCUUCACAUAUCGCCUUCAAUUUUGGAUCGAGAAAUGAACCCUUUUCUCAUCUGUGCCCUUCAGUUGGCAUUCUUUGUGCCAAAAUUGGCCGUCCUGGUGAUUGGGUUGGUGAAUUUGGUUUUGAUAGGCUUAACAGACUUGUCUGUGAAAUUGAUCAAAGAUUGGGGCAAUUAAGUGAAAGUUCAAGAUUAGAGAAGGUUCGAACAUCUCAUUGUUUUUAUACAGCUGCGUGUGGAAUUUUGCCUGAACUUGCCAAGAAUGUCCACGAUGCCCCUUGCACCAUUGGCGAACAACUUUCAAGUCUGGCAGAGCUCGCCCAAUUUAUUCAAGACUUGGCAGAGUCUGAAGCUUUAGAUAUCGCUAUUGGAAUGGAUUGUGGUUCAGCUCUUUCUGUUGUUGUAGGAGGUGAUAAACCUCGAUAUGAAUUACUCGGUCAACCUAAUACACGUGCUAAGAAACUCGCAGAGGCAGCAAGCGCUUUGGGCGGUAGUUGUGUCCUUUUAUCCGAAGAUGUUUUUCUUGCAUUACGUCCACGUUCCCAAUUUCAUUUUGAUGAGAAUAGUGCUUUAAGUGUUGGCCCUGGACUUGUUGCCUAUUCAUUGUUGAACUCUCCUUCGAACCAAACAGCUUCUCAAUUUUUAACUUCCCCAUUACCCCCUCCUUUGCCUCCUCAUCGAACCAAUAGUCAACAACAAAAUAAUACAAACAAGGAUGAGAACGAAGCAAAAAACGUUCAAAAUAUUCAAGAAAGUAGUCAACAAACAGCAACAAAUCAACCACACAUUCGAGCAAAUCCCUUAUCUGAAGACGCCUUGAUUGAGAAUUCGGGUGUUAACAACAAUAACAAUAUUCAUUCAUCAGCUCAAUCUUUAUGCUCUUCAGAACUACUUUCAAUUGAUUUAAAUUUAGAAACUGAUUCGCUUGAAUUAGAAUGGGUAACUCCUGAAAUGGUUGCUAAUGGACAAUAUCGUCUUUUCCCUGAAAGUCCACCCCUUACUAACAACAAUAAAAACCCAAAAUAUAAAGCAGACAGAGCUGAUGUUUACUCAGAACUUUCUGAUCCUGAAGGCUAUCAUCCACACACUCAAGAACGUUCAAAAAUGGGUACAUUCGAAAAUAAAUUAUGGAGACAUCCCUCUUCAAUUUCCACCAACAACGAAGCUUAUCGUUCUUCACAUCCUUCAACCAACACAAGUUUAGAUAGAAAACUAAUAGGAAAACAACAAAAACAAACAACCACAAAGCCCUAUAAACGCAGCAGACAUUUUUCCAAAAAUUCUAGUAAAAAUGGUGGAUUUAGUGGAUCAGAAUUUUCCCUUUCCUUACUUGCUGGGGAUGAUUAUGGAGGAUAUAAUAAUACUACAUCAUUACAAAGAUUAAAUAAAGCAGCAAAUAGAAUGGAGAGAAUGUUAAAAGUGAAAUUUUUAGACUAA